AUGAGGGGCGCGAUGGAGCCGGAGCCCGAGCCCGAGCUGCUGCUGCAGGAGGCCCGCGAGAACGUGGAGGCGGCGCAGAGUUACCGGCGGGAGCUGGGCCAGCGGCUGCAGGGGUUGCGGGAGGCGCAGAGGCAGAUCAAAGAGAGUGCAUCACUCACAAGAGAUGUCCUCAGACAGCAUUUUAGUGAUUUAAAAGGAACCCUUGGGAAGCUCCUGGAUGAGCGAUUGGUGACUCUUCUGCAAGAGGUAGACACGAUUGAACAAGAGACCGUUAAGCCGCUAGAUGACUGCCAGAAGCUCAUAGAGCAUGGAGUCCACACUGCAGAGGACCUGGUCAGAGAAGGUGAGAUCGCAAUUCUUGGUGGUAUGGAAGAGCAGAAUGAGAAACUAUGGAAUUUUACCAAAAAGGCCUCACACAUUCAGUUGGACAGCUUACCGGAAGUGCCUUUACUGGUUGAUGUGCCCUGCUUGUCUGCUCAGUUAGAUGACUCCAUUCUUAACAUAGUGAAAGACCACAUCUUUAAACACGGAACAGUAGCGUCACGUCCCCCAGUACAAAUUGAAGAAUUAAUAGAGAAACCUGGAGGCAUCAUAGUACGAUGGUGUAAGGUGGAUGAUGACUUUACAGCCCAAGAUUAUAGGCUCCAGUUCCGUAAAUGUACUUCCAAUCACUUUGAAGAUGUAUAUGUAGGUUCUGAAACUGAAUUUAUAGUAUUGCACAUAGACCCCAAUGUUGAUUAUCAGUUCAGAGUCUGCGCCCGAGGAGAUGGCCGACAGGAGUGGAGUCCUUGGAGUGUUCCCCAGACAGGUCACUCCACACUGGUGCCUCAUGAAUGGACACCUGGCUUUGAGGGGUACAGUCUGAGCAGUCGAAGAAACAUAGCACUCCGGAAUGAUUCUGAAUCCUCGGGUGUUCUCUACUCCAGUGCUCCCACCUAUUUCUGUGGACAGACUUUAACGUUCAGAGUUGAAACUGUGGGGCAACCAGACAGAAGAGACAGUAUAGGAGUGUGUGCAGAAAAACAGAGUGGAUAUGACUCACUGCAGCGGGAUCGAGCUGUGUGCAUUAGUACAAAUGGUGCAGUUUUUGUCAAUGGAAAAGAAAUGACUAAUCAGUUGCCUGCAGUUACCUCUGGAUCCACUGUCACAUUUGACAUCGAAGCUGUGACUCUAGGAACCACUAAUAAUAAUGAAGGUGGAAACUUCAAGCUCCGAGUAACUAUUAGCUCGAGUAACAGAGAAGUGGUUUUUGACUGGCUGCUUGAUCAGUCGUGUGGGUCUCUCUACUUUGGAUGCUCAUUUUCCUACCCUGGAUGGAAGGUGUUAGUGUUCUAGAGUUCUGAGUGCUUGGCUUUAGUUUGAGGGUUUACUGUUACUGCCUUCAACCUAGCUUAAUUGUAGCUGAUUUUACAAAAAAAAAAAAAAAAAAAAGAUGAAUUCAUCUCGCCAGUUACUGGAAAUGGAAAAUAUUUUCUCGGUUCAUAUUGCAAUACAUUAGCAAUAAGACGCUGUACGGUGAAGACCAGGCUGUAGUUCUGUCAAUUUUUUUUUUUUAACCAUAAAGAUCUUUAGUUUGAAAAAUCAAAUUAUCUUUAAAUAUCUGGGAAGAUAUAAAAAUUCCAUGUCUUUCCACUGUUCUUAAAAUUGGUUGUUAGAACAGAAACCUUAAUGUCACAUUAUUUUAUUAAAUGUCCAUCGAGAUUCAAUGACAUAUAAAAUUUUAGAAUACAAUGAAAACAGAUCAGAUCGAAGCCAGAGUUCCGUAAUACAUAUUCACUCAUGUGUCCUCUACAUGAACUCCUUGAUUGUGUGCUCCAUGUUCAGGUGUGUGUAAGCACUGUUGACUUUAAUCCCAUGUUUCAUAAUCUUUAGGUCUGAAAAGCUUCAUAAAUUUUCCAUUUUUCUUAUAGCACCUGAGAAAGUGUCUAGGAAGUCCAGUAUUUUUGUUUUUCCUUGUUUGACUCAAGAUAGGGCUGGAGUUGUACUGCUGGUAGUGACAGCACAUGUGGAGAAGUUCACAGCAGUGUUAGCCAUUUCACACGUGUGGUAUGCACCUGUGCGUGUCCAGCCUCAGUGGUGCGUGUGCUACUGUUCAUAGCUAUGAAUUACAGUCCAGUGUAAUGCCAGUGUGAGAAAUGGUCUUGUAGUGGACCAAAGAAAGAGAGGGUAAAUACUUGACCUAUUUUUUUUAAAAAAACUUAAAAUUUGUGUAAAAUAUUUAUUUGAAGAACUUGAUAUGUAAAAAAUGGUAAACUUAACUUGCUAUAUCAACGUACAGAUAAUUUUUAAUGUGAAUUUUAUUUUGACUUUCUCCAGUAGUAGGAAAGUAAAAAAGUAAGCGUGCUAUUUUUGUAAGAUAAUUUAUGUGGGGAUUCAUGUUCCCUUUCGACAAUCAUAUCUUUUCUCCUUGCCUUCUUAUAUAUGAGUAAGUAGCCUUUCACAUGUGACUAGUAAGAAGAGUGUCUAAAAUGUGAGUGCCUUGUUCAGCCUUCAGAAUAAAACAACUAAAAGUUAA